UUCUCAGUUGGGAUUGGGUAGCAGCUGCGCGUGCUCUGGCUGUUGGCUUCUCCAGUAACAAUCGUCGAUCAAUCGAUCAUAUUGUUGAGGAUCAGGUCUAGGGUGGGACACUAAAGACAGAGUGAAUGGGCCUCUGGGGCCAACAGCCUCUGCCAUGUCCAGAGUGGCUGGCUUGUCUUCCAAGAAGAGUCGGUGGCUCUUGCAAUCCUUGCUCGACCAGCAGCGGCACUCCUUGGGCACUGGGUUUGAGAGUGCCAAUAUCCUCCUCUCGCCCAAGUACCACCUCAAAGACAAGGAUCUGAGAAAGAUCCAUAAGGCCGCGCGUGACGGAGAUGCAGCUAGAGUGCAGCAGCUCCUGCUCGGGAAACACUGCGUGAAUGACAAAGACAAGAAAAAAAGGACGGCCCUCCACAUCGCCUGUGCUUACGGCCACCCAAAGGUGGUGAUGGCCCUGGUAGAGGGGAAGUGUGAGGUCAAUGCCACAGACAGUGAGGAGUGCACAAGUCUAGUGAAGGCUGUGCAAUGUCAGGAAGAGGAAUGUGCUACCAUUCUGCUGGAGAACAAUGCCGACCCGAACAUCGUGGAUGCCCAGGGCAACAGCGCUCUCCACUAUGCUGUCUAUUAUAAGAAUACAUCCCUGGCUGCAAAACUGCUUGACCAUGAAGUGAACAUCGAAGCGACAAAUAAGGAUGGCUUCACACCAUUUUUACUGGCUGUCAGUGAAAACAAACUGAAGAUAGCAAAAUUCUUAUUAAUGAAGAAUGCUAGUAUACAUGCAGCUGAUAACCAGAAAAGAACAGCCCUCAUGCAUGCUGUAAGUCAUGACUCAACAAACCUAGUCAGAUUUGUUCUUGAGCAAGGUGUAGACCUCUUUGUGAAAGAUGCCUUUGGAUUGACUGCAAUCGAUUACGCUGCUGAUUUUAAAUAUAAUUCCAAUAUGGAAAUCCUUCUCGAAUAUAAAGCAAAGAGAUAUGAGGAGUCUGAAAGAGCCAACCUAGUGGAGAAAAGCUCUGAGGAGGAUUCUUCCAGAAGGAAGGACCAACAGAGUCAGGAACUAGAAAACAUGGAAAAGGAAGAACUGACAGAGCCAGGAAAUGGAACAGAAGAACAAGCAGAGCCAGAUGGAGGAGUGACGUCAGUGGAGGAACCAAGGAGACUGGAUGACAGAGGAGACGACCAGCCUCAGGAAGCUGUGACAGCACCAAGGACUAGAGAAAAAGAGCAAGAACUCCCCUUUACAGACAUGUGCACAGUAGUGACAGGAAAAGAGGAUGAGGACGAAUCAUCUUGGGAUUCUGAGAGUGUCUCUGAGAAUCUCCCACUUAUUCGCAUUGGUGUUGAUGGACUAUUACUAGUAAAUGGGCAGGCAGUAGAAAACCCAGAGAAAUAUCUUCACUGGCUGCAUAACAGAAAAGGGGAAGAAUCUGUCCCUAAUGAAACAAAAGGAGUCGGGGAUUUGCAGGCAUUCACACCAGCAGAACCAGGUUUAGAAUUGACUUCAGAGGAAAAGCACGAAGAGCUCUCCAGAAAUGAAGACUGCCAGCCUCAGGUUGAAGAAGAAAGGACGCAGGAAUGGAGUGGGUGGGGUGCACCGGAGGCCCUGUGUGCUGCAGCUCUUGACCACGGUGACAUCGGAUCACCUCUAACGAGGGAAAACGGACAUCCCAGAGCCCGGCAGUCUCCUAGUGUGGACAGCGAAGAACAGGAUGGUGGAUCUGGCUUGAAUAUAAAAGAAGAGAAGACAAGAGACCAUGAAGAAUGGUCUGGAGACUUUCUGAUGGACCGGACAUCUAAGGAGUCUGAGCCAGCGGCUGGUGAUCUCCUGCAAGUGAAGGAUUCUUGGAGUUUAAAUGACACGGAUCCGAAUAAAGGGAGUCCUGCAAAGAGAAAAUCAAAGGAAAAGCACAAGGUCAGAGGAGAAAUGAAUGCUAUGGAAGACGCUGAUGACUUCACUCCGCUCUCUGAGUCGUGCUCAGAUAACAAGGCAGAGCUGUGCUGUAACACACACCAAGCAGAAACAGAAACUGAGUCCUGUGAGCUACUUACAAGACAAACUGGGAACAUGGAAGGCGGUGUAGCAGGGGAGGUGCUGAAAACAGAGCCAGCGAGAUCAAGAGAGGCAUUGAAAGAAACAGAGGAGACGGGAGAAGGUGCAAGGGUGAAGAUGCAGUUACCAGGAAAAGAUGAGCUUUAUUCUGAGGACGCUGAGAGGCAGCAAUACGACAUGGCUCUGAGUGCCCUGCACCUGAAGACCAAACAGACUGUGAGGCAGUUGCAAGAGACACAGGAUCGACAAAGAGAAGUUGUUCGGAGUUCGCAGAGGAUGCAGGACCACUUGCAGAAGCUUCAGGCUGGAUGUUCUGAGGCAGAAGCUAUGGUACAAGAGCAAGGAAAGAAAACUGCAGAGCUUCAGAAGCUACACGCAGGCAUGACUAGAGUCAAAGAGGAACGGCAAAAGAAACUCCGCAUAAUCACACUAUCUCUGAAGGGUUCUCUGGAUCAAACAAAGAAUAAAAAUGAAGAAUUAGAAAGGGAGAUCACCGAAAUAAAAAAACACUUAGGAGUAAUGAGAAAGAAACUGAAUGACCAUGAAAAUGGAGAAUUUAGUUGCCAUGGAGAUUUAAAAACUAAAGAACUUAAGCUGAAUGUUUCAGUGGAUAUGUUUAAAAAUGAGAGGUUCAGUCCAUUAUCACCGUGGCGAGAAGCAUGGCAGCAUCUGGCAGACAUGUUGUUGGAGGAACCAAGAAUUCUACAUCAUGAUCCAAAGACAGCCAGGAGGAGACUCACACUGGCCAGAGCUUAAGCAUAUAUAUUACCUCAAAAUGCUGCUGCCAAAAUGACACACUUCCACCAACAAGGCCACACCUACUAAUAGUACCACUUCCAUCCAAACCACCACAGAACACAACUUUUUUUUUUUUUUUGCAUGUGGAUAUCCAGGCAUUCCACAUUGUUUCUUGUCAGAAAAACUAUUUUUUAUAUUUAUUUUGCCACAAGUUUUAUAAAUCAAUUCACUCUUCUUUUACAGAAAGACUAAAAGAUUACAGGAUAUUGCUGAGUUAAGCCAAUCUUGUUUAAGAACCGGUGGUCCUAUCAGUAGACUUUGCGAUGGGAGAUUCUUUCAAGGUCCUUGCUGAAAAUCUCCACUUCUGUAAUGCAGCCCUGGUGGUUUGAAUGAAAAUAGCCUCUAUAGACUCAUAGUCCCCGUCAAUGAAACAGUUUGCAAAGCAUUAGGUGGUGUGCCCUUGUUGGAGGUCAGACGUCACUUGAGGGUGGGCUUUGGGGUUUCAAAAGCCUACUCCAUUCUCUCGCUUGCGUUCUUGCGCUCUUGCGCUCGCUCUCUCUCUCUCUCUCUCUCUCUCUCUCUCUCUCUCUCCCUCUCUCUCUUGCUCGCUCUGGCUCUCGAUCUCUCUCAAUCCCAUAUAAGUUCUCAGCUACUGUUCCAGUCCCAUUCCUACCUGUUGCCAUACUCCCCCCACCGUAAUGAUCAUGGGCUCAUCCUCUGACACUAUAAGCAAACACCCAAAGAAAUGCUUUCCUUUUGUAAGUUGCUUUGGUCAUAGUGUCUCUUCACAGCAAUGAAAAAGCUACUAAGACAGCCAUUCAAACGAACAAGGGACAUCCCCAAUUCAGAAAAAUAUAUGCAACUUUCGACU